UUUGCACUGUUUUAAAAAGCCAACGAUUUAACCCGGAUAAAGCCCCACUCCGUGAACGCCUCCCACGUGGAAGUGAGUGUGCAGAUAUACAAGCGACACGAUAGGCUAACGCAGCACGACCGGGGGCCAUUGACAGCUCCAAUCCACAUGCCAUACAAAUCUAGCGUAACUAGCGGCGUGGCACGUCAGUGUCUCAGACUUUCACAAUUACGUAAGCACUACAGAGGCAGCCGCUGGACCCAUUGGGUAAUUUUUGCUUUUUUUUUUUACUCGACCAUGGAUUUAACAAACUCUAAAGAAACGGAGAAGCACUGUGUUUUAUGCUGCCAAGAAGUGGAUAUCUUCGCUUUCGGAAAAUGCGACCACCCGGUGUGUUACCGUUGCUCCACGAAAAUGAGGGUGCUCUGCGAGCAGAAGUACUGCGCCGUCUGCCGGGAGGAGCUCGACAAGGUGGUUUUUGUGAAGACCGCAGGGGCCUUUUCCUCUCUGCCCCACCAGCACUUCCCCUGUGAGAAGAAACAUGACAUUUAUUUUGCAGAUGAGAAGAUCCAUGCUCAGUACAGGCACCUGCUGUUGCCCCAGUGUCCCUGCUGCACAGAGGCCAAGAUCUUCUCCAAGUUUGUGGAGCUGGAGCAGCACAUGAGGAAGCAGCAUGAACUCUUCUGCUGCAAGCUCUGCACCAAGCAUCUAAAGAUCUUCUCCCACGAGCGGAAGUGGUACAACCGCAAGGAACUGGCACGCCAUCGAGCGCACGGGGACCCGGACGACACCAGCCACCGAGGACACCCGCUCUGCAAGUUCUGCGACGACCGUUACCUGGACAACGACGAGCUUCUCAAACACUUGAGAAAGGACCACUACUUCUGCCACUUCUGUGACGCCGACGGCUCCCAGGAAUAUUACAGCGACUACCAGUACUUGAGCGAGCACUUCCGGGAAAGCCACUACCUGUGCGAGGAAGGCCUCUGCGCCACCGAGCAGUUCACGCACGCUUUCCGCACCGAGAUUGACUACAAGGCGCACAAGGCCGCGGCGCACAGCAAGAGCCGAGCCGAGGCCCGACAAAACCGCCACAUCGACCUGCAGUUCACCUUGGCUCCUCGACAACAGCAGAGGAGAAACGAAGGUCUGGUCACCGGUGACGACUAUGAGGAGAUGCGUCACAAUCGAGGAGGGAGAGGAAGACCCCAAGCCGGACAGAAGAGCUGGCGGUACUCUCGGGAGGAAGAGGACAGGGAGGUGGCUGCUGCAAUGAGGGCGUCUAUGGCCAUGCGUCGACAAGAAGACAGAGCGGCUGCACUGGAGAGGAGCGCUCCCAAACCCCACAGGGAAGAGAGAACGGAAUCGGACGAGGCCAGAACCGGACCCAUUAAACCGACAGCAAAACCUCCAGUGAAGACCAUGAAGAGCUCAAAUCCAAGAGAUGAAGACGACUUUCCAGCUUUGGGCGCCACAGCUCCAGCCGCCAUGGUAAAGUCGGCUCCACCGGCGGUUCCAGUUCCAGCUCCACGGACUCUGAAGGAGGACGACUUCCCCAGCCUCUCGGUAGUUAACGUCCCAGCCCCCAUGACGCCGUCUUACCCCGCCCAACCCAGGAAGAAGUCGUCUUUUCAAGAGGAGGAUUUCCCCGCCCUCGUGUCCAAAGUCCGCCCCCUCAAAUCCGCAGCCGGGUCUAACUCGGCCUGGUCCACUCACGCCGCUCCGGCUCGGCAAUCUGCUCAGCCACCUCCUUCGACUCGACCCCCGCCUCAACUCUCCUCCGCACCGUCCGGCCCCCAGCCCCUCACCUCCUCAAGCUCUUCGUCUUCAAGGAGAAAGAAGAAAGUAGGAGAGAACGGCAAGGCCGCAUCGGCGCGCUCGCCUCCUUCCUCCGAUGACGACGACGACGGCGGCGCGGGAAUGACGCGGCAGGAGUUCCGCUCCGUGCCCACCAUGUUGGACAUCUCAUCUCUGCUCACAUUCAAAGGAUGCGAUGGCAAAGCCCCGCCCGUCACCUCGCCGCCACCCCCGGCGCCCAACGCCGAUCUGCCCGCCUCUAAAGCCAGCAAAAAGAAAAAACAAAAGAACACAUCUGCUGCAUCUAACGCCUCGCCGUCGGGGACUCAAGCGCCUGCAAGGACACCGUCGGCGCAAACCGCCGUUCAAAAGGAGAACGUUCCUGAGAAAACCAGGAGCAAACCUUCCAACGCGGUUGCGGUUGGCCACAGCCGAUUGGUUAACGGCUUUCAUGAAACAUCACCACCGGUCGUUAGCAAAGAGACGGUCGCCACAUCGCCUCAUCCCAAGGAAGAUGCUCCGGUUGAACAAGACGAGGACUUCCCCGCCCUCAUGACUAAGAAACCACCUCCAGGGUUCAAGACUUCCUUCCCAACCAAGUCCUCAACUCCUCCUCCGUCCUCCACAAUGCCGCCACCUCCACCUGGCCUGGGGCUCCUUGCCACAAAACCCCCGCCCGGCUUCACCGGGAUCCCCCUCAACAGCAACGUGGUGGAGACCCCUCCCCUGGCGGUCAACCUAGCCCCCAAAGCUCCAGACAGUGGUUACCUGGUGCCGGAGGACUUCCAUCAGAGGAACCUGGAGCUGAUCCAGUCCAUCAAGAAGUACCUCCACGACGACGAGUCCAAGUUCAAUCGGUUCAAAAGCUACUCCGCCCAAUUCAGACAGGGGGUCUUGUCAGCAGCCCACUACCACCGCAGCUGCAAGGACCUGCUCGGCGACGACUUCAACCGCAUCUUCAACGAGCUCCUGGUGCUGCUGCCGGACACCACCAAGCAGCAGGAGCUCCUCACGGCUCACGGGGACUGCAAGGCUCAGGAGAAACAGUCGGGGGCGGGAGGAGGAAAAAGGAACAAGAACAAAAAGAACGCCUGGCAGACCCCCGCCAGCACGCAGGCUAACGCCAACGCCGCCGUUGACCUGGACUGUCAGGUCUGCCCCACGUGCAGACAGGUGCUGGCCCCCAAGGACUUCAACUCUCACAAAACGCUGCACAUGACGGAGAACGAGGAGUUCCCGUCCUUGCAGUCCAUCAGCCGAAUUAUCAGCUAGCCACCGACUCCGUCUAGCGCUCUGUUGUCGGAUCUCAUCAGCAGCUCCCGGCGUGGAGGACGGCUGUCGCUUUCUUGUGGACCCCCCCGACCCACCCACGCCACAAGACGGCGAAGGCGGGGGGCUUAGUGGAAAAGUCUUUCCUGACGAGCUGAGAUGAGGGCAUCCCGAUGCAACUUGAUUUAUUUAUAAAGAUCACAACCUACUUGAACAAUCCAUUGCUCUUGAAGUUUUUUUUUUCAUUUUGGUAACAUUUGAAAGUUGACGGUUUGAGUCCCGUGAUGAGCUGCAGGGUGCAAAAUUUUUGGAACAACUUGAAUGAAUUUUCAGUUCAAAUUGAAAUGAUUUUACACUGUGGAAGUGUAGCUGUUGAGCUGCAUGCAAAACAGAUAUACUUAUUAAUUUUCAAUUUAAUUUUUUUUGUUGUUGUUUCAAAAUACUUCACCACAAUAUCGAUGAAGUCACACAAUACUGUAUUUCUCAUUUAAACAGGAACAAAAUACAAUUAAUCAUGAAAUGGUUUCUGAUUUGUUGAUUCUUUGUUUCAAUUUAAUACACAAAGCACAUUUGUAUUUCAGCCUACCAGGUUUAAAUGCAUGUACAUAUGUGUACUUACAGCAAAUAAACACUUGAGCAGCACUCAUACGCGCGCUCUCCUUUUCUGGCUAUUGUUUGAGCGCCUUUGUGCUGGUGGGCGUGUUGAUGUGUUUCAUCUUCUCUCAGGACCUUCGGCUAGUUUUGUCUGUACAUACAGCUGCUGCUUUGACUUUCUCUCUGGCUCCAAUAAAAGCCUUUCUGUCAGCCUUUUGUGUGUGUUGCGAUUAAGGGAAUGGGAUGCACAGUUAUUGGUAAAACUUUUAAAUCGUGAAAUUUAAAUAUAUUUUCAUUUUUAAAAAAAUCUAUAAAUGGAUUACAGCAUUCAAUUUGAAUUUGGAUCAAUAGUGUAUGUAAACACACAUGCUGAAAUAAAAACUGCAAGAAUUUGUGACUUUU